AUGGAGCGUCCUGGCUUCAUCGAGACCCCCGGUCGCCGCGUCACCCGCAGCAGCGUUGCGCCAUCCGACGACACUUCCGAUUCAGCAGCAGAUGCUUCAGGACAAGCCAAGUCAUCGUCUCGAAAGCGCUCCUCCGCCAAGGUCAAGAUCGAGGAUACCUCGGAUGAAGAGACAAACACGCCCGCGACCAAUCGACACGCCGCCAUUUCGAAUGGCAAGAAGCCACGCAUCAUCGAUGGCUGGGAGGAGGGCAAGGACUCCAAGGUCGAUCACAGCGGGCAUUUCGAGUUUGGAGGGUCUUUGGGUGUAUUGUGCAUGAUGAUCGGAUUCCCGAUGCUGAUGGAAUACAUGUGGCUCGGUGCCACCUAUUACGAUGGCAAACCGCCGCUUCCUGAACCGGGCCAGAGCAUCCCUGAGUUCUUUGCGCAUCUUGGUAACCUGCUCUAUGUGGGUGCGUUCCCGUCGCUGAAGGCAUGGGCGAUAUAUUGGGUAUUUUUCAUCUUUGAGGGGGCUUGCUACGUGCUUCUCCCAGGUAUCACCGUUAUGGGUCGUCCUCUGCCGCACCUUGAUGGCAAGCAGCUCCCUUAUUACUGUUCCGCCGUCUGGUCCUUCUACACGACAAUCGCCUUGGCCUUGGGACUUCACUUCACCGGCAUUUUCAAGCUUUACACGAUCAUCGAUGACUUCGGACCUCUCAUGAACGUGGCCAUUCUCUCUGGUUUCAUUGUUUCAUUCGUCGCUUACUUUUCAGCAUUGGCUCGAGGCGCCGAGCACCGUAUGACUGGGUAUCCCAUUUAUGAUUUCUUCAUGGGUGCCGAGCUCAACCCAAGAAUGUUUGGUAUCCUGGACUUCAAGAUGUUCUUCGAAGUCCGCCUACCAUGGUAUAUUCUUCUGUUCGUCACUAUGGGUGCAGCUGCCAGACAAUAUGAAAUAUACGGAUAUGUAUCGGGAGAGGUUGGCUUCCUUCUCAUGGCUCAUUUCCUCUACGCCAACGCCUGCUCUAAGGGCGAGGAGUGUAUCGUUUCCACAUGGGAUAUGUACUAUGAGAAAUGGGGUUUCAUGUUGAUUUUCUGGAACCUUGCCGGAGUGCCUCUGAGCUACUGCCACUGUACCAUUUACCUUGCCAACCACGAUCCCGCUACCUAUCGCUGGAACCGGCCUUUCCUGGUGUUCCUCUAUGUCGCGUACCUCUUCGUGUACUGGGUCUGGGAUACGACCAACAGCCAGAAGAACCGCUACCGCCAGCAGGAGCGUGGUACUUUGGUGUUCCGCAAGAGUUUCCCUCAGCUCCCUUGGCAAACACUGAAGAACCCCAAGACCAUCACAGCUGAGGACGGUUCAAAGAUCCUUGUUGAUGGUUGGUACGGAAAGGCGCGCAAGAUCCACUACACCUGCGACCUGUAUUUCGCAUUAAACUGGGGCUUGAUCACCGGCUUCAGCAGCCCGUUCCCAUGGUUCUACCCCAUCUUCUUUGCAUGUAUGAUCAGCCACCGCGCACUGCGCGAUAUUCAACGCUGUCGGAACAAGUAUGGCGAGGCGUGGCGAGAGUAUGAGAGACAGGUUCCCUACCUGUUCAUUCCUUACGUCUUCUAA